AUGGCUUUGAAUACUAACAAUGAUCCUUUGAUGUGCAAGUGCUUCCCUACAAGUUUGGCUAGACCAGCCCUCAAUUGGUUCAAGAAUCUGGCUCAAGGCUCAAUCGCUAGUUUCCAGGACUUGUGUGACAAGUUCAUAAGCCAGUACUAUGGGAAUAAACGCUCGGCUAAGGAUGUAUCAAGCUUUUUCACAAUGAAGCAGCAUAAAGAUGAACAACUCCAAGCUUUCCUCACCUGGUUUAACCUUGUUAAAAGCAUGGUAAUGGAAUGUCAUCCGUCCAUAACGGUCCAAGCAUUUAAACUUGCAAUGAACCGGGGUACACCGUUCCACACAAGCUUGGUGGUCAAUACGUCGAAGACCAUGGACGAGCUAAACGAGAGAGUUGAUGGUUUUGUGCAUCUUGAAGAAGAAGAGGCAGCUAAUGCAAGGAAAAUGUCAAUUAUUUCAACAGAAGAGAAGUCCAAAGCCAAGAUCCGGCAAAAACAAGCUCAGCCACAACGUCAAACCUCCUAG